AUGGUUUUUGGGAACAUUCUAGGCGACCUUAACACUGGUGACCCUAUGACAGCCCGCGGCGACAUCAUGGACCCCCAGCCCUCCCCGGCUACCAACGACACUAGUACCAGCGAGCGGUGCCUGAAGUCCACCCCCAUUGGCUUGGCCCAUCUCCCCGGUUGGACCUGGAUCAUCAACGAGCGUGGGUACGCCAACACCGUGGAGAUCAGCACCGGUCCCAGACCUGCCACCCCAGAGGGCCCCUCGAAGACAUCACCAACGAGCAGCGCGACGGACGCCACGGCAGACGGCCAACCAGCCGUGGCACCUGGUGUCUACGGAGUUCUAUACCGCCUAGACCCCAGCGACGAGGCAAACUUAGACUCCUACGAAGGAGUCCCGUAUUCCUAUGAGCGCCAAUUCGUCGAAGCAAUCUGGGUCGAAGGUCCGGACGCUCAGAAGGGCCAGAAGGUCGAUGUUCUUGCCUACGUCGACUACCUGCGAGUCACGCCCGGUGCGCCUAAGCUGGAGUAUGUCGCCAGAAUGAGUCAUCUCAAACGCGUCCGGAGCAACCAUGCAAAACUGUCAACUACUCGCGCUGAUAACAGUCACUCGCCGAGCAGUGGUACCGCCGCCUUGGAUAUAGAGCCUUGGGGUGUACCGCCGCCCAUCGCUGACGAAGUGGAUGCUUUGAUUGUGUUGAACGGAGACAGCGUCCCCACAAAGCCGCCCCCUGCUCGACACAGAUGCACCUGGAAGCUCGCAUGUAUCGGAACCGUCCGCGGCAGGAAAUGA